UAUAAAUCAUUUUUUUUGGAUUCUUUCCGUGAUUAAAACGCCAAGAAUGUCUCCAACAAUUAAUACCAAUAAUAAACGAUUGAAAAUUUUUUUCUGUUCAGUUGAUGGUGUUGGCCAUAUAAAUGCAUGUAUUGGUAUGGCACAAGCAUUAGCCAAACGUGGUCAUCAGAUUUAUUUUCUCAACAAUCGUAAUUUUAUCUCUUUAUUCGAAAAAUUUGGUUUCAAUGAAAUUGUUCUUGGUCUUAAAUCUGCUGCUAGUGACAAAUCAGCUGAAAAUAAAGUUAUUGAUGAAAAUAAUCAUCCAGUUAAAGAUGUUGAACUCAAUGACAUUUUUGCUGAAUCUGGCUUAUUGUCAGGUAAAUCAUCUUACGACCAAUUGGAUCUUUUUGACCGAAAUAAAAAUGAUCGAUUCUUUUGUGAAACCAUGUACAAUGAUUUACGGAAUAUACAUGAAGAAAUGGCUAAUAUUAUUGAAAAAGAAAAGCCUGAUUUGAUCAUUGUCGAUUAUCCAUUAGUCGCUCCUUGUAUUGCUUAUGGUAAAAUUCCAUGGGCAUUUUCAUGGAGUGGCAAUCCGAUUCCAAUUUAUCAUUCAGAAAAACUUCCUCCAUUCACAUCAGGCUAUCCAACCUACGAUAAAACUGGAUGGGCAAAAUUUAAAGCAAAAUAUGAUCAAACAAUUGAGCUAUGCUUUGAAUAUUAUCAAAAUUUAUUGAACGAGGAAUUCGGCGGGCCUAAAAUUACAUCUCAAGGCUUUUUUAUGCUAUCACCUUAUAUGAACCUCUACGGUUAUCCUGAAGAAUUGGACUAUACAGACAUUGUGACAUUACCUGAUAAUUACAUUCGGGUGGAUGCAUUCUGUCGUGAAUUAACCGAAACAUUUAAACUUCCUGAGGAAUUCAAAGUACAACCAAGUGAUAAAUUGAUCUAUUUAUCAAUGGGUUCGAUCGGAAGUUCUAAUGUUCAGCUAAUUCGUAAAAUUACUGCAACAUUGGCCAAAACACCAUACAAAUAUAUUGUAUCAAAAGGGCAACAUCAUGAACAAAUUGAAUUACCAGCGAAUAUGUGGGGCCGUGCAUAUCUACCACAGACUAAAAUCCUACCAUUGGUUGACAUGGUCAUUACACAUGGUGGGAAUAAUACGGUUACAGAAACAUUUUAUUUUGGUAAACCAAUGUUAGUCAUGCCAUUGUUUGGUGAUCAAUUCGAUAAUGCUCAACGCAUCCAGGAAAAAGGUUUUGGUUACCGCAUCAAUUCACAUCAUUAUGUUGAUAAUGAAUUAAUCGAAAUGAUUCAUACGAUACUUGAUGAUAAGAAAAUGAUUGAAAAAUGUUGCCAAGCUGGUGAACGUUUACGAAGAUCUGAUUCAAAACAGAAAGCAUGUGAAAAAAUUGAAUUACUUUUACAACGAAUUUCUUUUUAAAUUUAUAUUCAUCAACAAAUUUAGAGAUAUUAAAGUUGUCACAAGCGUCAGAUUUUAUCUGUAUUUGUUCAUUUUUCUUUUAUAUUAAAAAAUAAAUCCAAUAGUUACUGA